GCCGUCUGGCUGCUCUGGUGGAAACGCAAAGCCAGCUGCGUCCUACUUACUCCAAAGUUAGGAGAACAGAAAUGCUCUACGAACAUUUUCCUCAAUCCGAAGGAUAGCAGAAGACAUUCCUUCCGCUAAACAUCACAGAAGACAGAAGUAUUUGCCCGCUUCCCGGGCACCGGGUGUGGCGGACCCAAGACAAGCUCGCCAUGAACAGCGGCGUCUGCCUAUCAAUGCUGAUGGUGAUACUUGCGGCGGGCGCCCUCGCGCAGCCCGCGCCCCGGGCUGAACCUGCGGACCCCGGGGCGCCGCCGGCGGAGGAGGCGCCCCGGAGGCAGCUGAGGGCCGCGCAGAGGACCGACGGCGAGUCGCGAGCGCACUUGAGCGCGCUGCUGGCUAGAUACAUCCAGCAGGCCCGGAAAGCUCCGUCCAGCCGCAUGUCCGUCAUGAAGAACCUGCAGAGCCUGGACCCCAGCCACAGGAUAAGUGACCGGGACUACAUGGGCUGGAUGGAUUUUGGCCGGCGCAGCGUCGAGGACUACGAAUAUCCCUCCUAGGGGACACAGCCUUCGUCGGCCCGACAGGAAGCAAUUUCCCGUCUCAGCAAAGGCAGAAUAAGAAAAUAAUCACAGUCAUAACUCAUCGUCUCCGAAGAUCGACGUUUUAAGUAUCUAUUUAUUAAGUUUUCAAUGUGAAAACUGUCUGUAAGAUUGUCCAGUGCUACCAUGCGCCCCAGCAGAAUUGGGUGAGUGGAAGACAAAAUGUUGCCCUCAUCUGUACACCUGGUCCUAAAGUGUUGCUAUGCUAUUAAAGUGAUUUCAUUCUG